AUGGCUGACCCAUCCAGGGCCGGCUGCAACUUUUCAGCCAUCUCCGGCAGCGAUGCCAACGCGUUGAGAUGGGAUCGCGUCGGUUACUCCCACCUCUGCAAGCUGGCAUCCGAGGCAGAGGAAGAGGCCUUCGUGAAGAGAACUUCAUCUAUCGAAAUGUGGGAUGAAGAGAUUCCCCACGAAAAGAUAAAGCACAUGUCUGACUACCUUGAGGACUUCAAAGUUUUGCCGCAAGAGGAAUUUCCAGAAGGCGUCAAAUUUCCUGUGUCUUUCGCCACUUUGACUGUGAAUGCGCCUGCACACCUCCUCUAUCUUUGCCGGACGCUGAAGGAUCGUUAUGGUGUACGUUUCAUCCGGCAAAAGGUUCCCGAUAUUCAAUCCGGCUUCCUCAGUCUCGACACAAAGGUCGUGUUCAACUGCACUGGUAACGAGGCCAAGACACUAUCCGGUGUUGAAGACCAACGCUGCUACCCAACCAGAGGCCAGGUUGUGUUGGUCAGAGCACCGCAAGUCCGAACAAAUGUAAUGAGGCACGGCAAGGACUACGAGACCUACGUGAUCCCGGGGCCUGGACCAAACGGGAAUGCCAUAUUGGGAGGAUACAUGCAGAAGGGAAGUGGGUAA